AUGCUGCAGUGGAACGCUCCCAGAGCAAAGGUCCAGAUAAAGCUCUCCAUUCAGCGCCUACGGACACUGCAGGAGAAGAAGCUCGCAAUGGCCAAAAAGUCACGGCGCGACAUUGCCGACCUGUUGCAGAAGAACCGAACAGAGACAGCGCGCCUUCGCGUAGAGGGCCUCAUCCAGGACGACAUCUAUGUCGAGCUCUUGGAGCUUCUUGAGGCACGCUUUGGCCUGCUCGAUGCCUCGACCGGAGAGACUCCCGAGGCCAGCAUCGCGGACGCUGUGUGCGCAAUUGUGUAUGCCGCACCUCGGACAGAGCUCAAAGAGCUGCAGGUGUUGCGCGACAUGCUGAUGCACAAGUUCGGCCGUGCCUUUGCGCUCUCUUUGCAGCCGUCGGACCCGCCGCCGGACAGCGUCCCGCCACGCAUCCUCUCCAAGCUCGCCGUGUAUCGUCCGCCUGCCGACCUCGUCGACGCGUACCUCGGCGAGAUUGCGCGCGGCUACGGUGUGAACUAUGUGUCCGCCCUCAAGCCCGGGGAGAUCGAGGGGGUGGAGCCUCUGGACGCGGAGAUUGGGCUGGACGACGACGACGAGGAAGGCGCCGGGAGGAGUGACGGGACUGGGGGCGCCAAGGAGCCUGCGCAGGAGCAGAGCGAGAAGACACCUGCACCACCUGCGCCGACCGCGCCAGUGCCAGCCGCCGUUCCGCGCGUUGUGAAAAAGUCGACGCCGGAGGACGAUCUCGCCGCCCGCUUUGAACGCCUCAAGAAGCUCUAG